GCGGCUGCCCCGGCCCCAGGGAGGCGGGCUGUCCCCGGGACCCGGGCGGGCAUGGCUCCCGCUCCCAGCCCUGCCGAGCGGGGCGGCCACCGGCUCUAAAGGGAAGCGUACGAGCGCCCCGCCUCGCGGCUAUGCAGCCCCUCCGCGCUCCCCUCGCCCUGCUCUGCCAGGUGCUGGCUGCCUGGGCUGCCUGCGCCCUGGCCCCCGCUGCGGCCGUCGGGCUGCCCGUGUCUCCGCAGCGCGCCCACUCGCCACUAGCCCCGACGCCCCUCUCUGCGGGCCGGCGGGCGGCCGCGGAUGUCCCCGUGCCCGGCGGAGCAGCGGGGGCGGCCGGCAGUGGCGCGCCCCGCGGGGCGGAGGGGGCCGGGCGGCGGCGGGCGCGGAGCAGCGACCGCGGAGCCGACGCGGCGGCAGGGAGGGGAGCGGCGGGCGGCCCCCGCUGGCUGCCCCUGAACGCCUCGGCGGGGGGCGAGGGAAGCGCCGGGGGCCGCGGCAACGCCACGGGGCGCCGCACCCGUCUCCGCAACCCCUUCUACCCGCUAACCGAGGAGUCGUACGGCGCCUACGCCGUCAUGUGCCUCUCCGUGGUGAUCUUCGGCAUCGGCAUCAUGGGCAACAUGGCAGUAAUGUGCAUCGUCUGCCACAACUACUACAUGCGGAGCAUCUCCAACUCCCUGCUGGCCAACCUGGCCUUCUGGGACUUCCUCAUCGUCUUCUUCUGCCUGCCGCUGGUCAUCUUCCAGGAGCUCACCAAGAAGUGGCUCCUCGAAGACUUCUCCUGCAAAAUCGUCCCGUACAUCGAGGUAGCCUCUCUGGGAGUCACCACCUUCACGCUGUGUGCCCUCUGCAUCGACCGAUUCCGUGCUGCCACCAACGUGCAGAUGUAUUAUGAGAUGAUCGAAAACUGCACGUCCACAACAGCCAAGCUGGCAGUCAUCUGGGUGGGUGCGCUGCUGCUGGCGCUGCCGGAGGUGGUGCUGCGCCAGCUGGCCAAGGAGGACCCUGAGUACAGCGGCAGCCUACCCGGGGAGCGCUGUGUGGUCAAGAUAUCCACCGCGCUGCCUGACACCAUCUAUGUGCUUGCUCUCACUUAUGACGGAGCAAGACUCUGGUGGUACUUCGGCUGCUAUUUUUGUUUGCCUACUCUUUUCACUAUUACCUGCUCCCUGGUAACCGCGAGGAAAAUCAGGAGGGCGGAAAAGGCUAGCACAAGGGGGAACAAGCGACAAAUUCAGCUGGAAAGUCAGAUGAACUGCACAGUGGUGGCUUUGACCAUUUUAUAUGGGUUUUGCAUCAUUCCUGAAAACAUUUGCAACAUUGUGACUGCCUACAUGUCCACAGGGGUCUCUCGGCAGACUAUGGACCUCCUCCAUCUCAUUAGUCAGUUCCUUUUGUUCUUUAAGUCCUGUGUUACCCCAGUUCUCCUUUUCUGCCUCUGUAAACCUUUCAGCAGGGCCUUUAUGGAGUGUUGCUGUUGCUGCUGCGAUGAAUGCAUCCAGAAGUCUUCAACAGUGACAAGUGAUGACAAUGACAAUGAGUACACCACAGAACUGGAGCUCUCCCCUUUCAGUACCAUCCGUCGUGAAAUGUCCACUUUUGCCUCUGUGGGGACUCACUGUUAGUUGACCCUAGAACCUAUUUGCUGUAUCUUUUUUUGUUUUCUUCUUUUUGUUCCUUUUUUUUUUUUUACCUCAUAUUUUUCUUAUUGAAGCAAAAUGAUUAUUGAAAACUGCUCUGGAAACCAAUAUGCUUAUUAACAGUCAUGCUUCGAAAAUAAUUUGUUUUGUUAUUAAAAUGAAAGUAAGAGAGAAGGGGAGCCAGCACUCAGUUUUAAAUCAUGAUAUUUUGUAUGGUGCUAGGAUUUUAUUGUCUGGGAAGGAGAAUCCAUAUCAAUCCGCUUUUAUUUAAUUCCAUAGUAUUUUUUUUUAUAAUCACUGUAAAAUGAUUAUAUAGACAUUGUGGGGUUUGCAAGAUGUUUUAUGUAAAAGAUGUGGUGGAAAUUAUUUGAAGGUAGUUUUAACCCAAUUACUGUACACUAUUGUGAGAGGACUUGGACUUCAGAGAAUUCAUAAAGUAGCAUAAAAAUAAAUGAGGUUUUAUUCUUUAA